AUGUGCAAGCUAAAUCAAGAUUGGCUUGCACAUUCUAAUGAUGAUUCUGAUAACGAAGAACUAAACCCAAACGAAAAUAACUUAGAUGAGGAUCUAGGAAAAUGGGCAGUCAGUUUUAAAAUACCUCACAGUGGUGAGUAUUACUACAUUGGAUUGCAAUUUCGGCUUUCUCUACUACUAAAAAAAUCUCUUCUUUCAACAGAUCUUUCAGUUUUUACUUUACAUAUCAAUAUCGAUGGUGUUCCGCUGUUUAAUAACUCAAGCAUAUUACUUUGGGCAAUUCUAGGUUCUAUUUUAGAGUUUGAACAGAGCGUGUUUCCGAUCGCUUUAUUUUCCAGUUCUUGUAAACCAAAUUCUAUCGAUAAAUAUUUAAUAGACUUUAUUGAUAAAAUGGAACGUUUUCAAGAAGUUGGUGUUAUCUGUGACAAGACUGGAAAGGCAUACAAAAUAAAAUUAGAAGCAGUUAUUUGUAAUGCACCAGCUUGGUCAUUUCUUAAAUGCAUUAAAACACAUAAUGGAUACAAUUGUUGUAAACGAUGUAUUCAACAUGGUGAGUGGUGUCAAAAAAUUGUUUUACCUAACUUAUCUGCUCUACUUAUGACUAAUAUAGACUUUUUAAAUCGACAUGAUUCGGAGCACCAUACUGCUACAUCUCCUUUCACAAAGUUAAAAUAUAAUAUGGUAAGUGGAUUUCGAAUAGAUUAUAUGCAUUGCAUUUGUUUGGGUGCUGUCCGAAGAGUUUUACACUUAUGGAUUUGUGGCCCACCAUCAUGUUGGUUGUUCCAAACAUUUCCAGCAGCUGCAGCUGUUCCAGCUAAUAAUGCUGUUGCAGUAGUUUUAGCAAUUACUGGAGCAGCACUUGCUAAAAAACUUAAAAGUAAAGUUCUUUCUUGA